AUGGCAAUGAACGGGGAAGUAAAAAGUGCCCCAGUCGACGAGCACCUCCUUGAGGCAGCACCAGAACCGACCAGCCCUCCCGGUGAGGCCGGCUGCCCGCGCAUCGUGAGCCGCGCAGAGUGGGGCGCCCGCGAGCCGACGGCGCCGCCAGACAACAUGACGGCCAGCGCCGUGCCGUACGUGGUGGUGCACCACGGCGGCGCCAGCCGCGGCUACUGCUACGACCAGGAGGCGUGCGCCGCCAUCGUGCGCUCCUACCAGGACCUACACAUGGACACCAACGGCUGGGACGACAUCGGGUACAGCUACGUCGUCGGAGAAGACGGCAACGCCUACGAGGGCCGAGGCUGGGACGCCAAGGGAGCGCACGCCCCCGGCUACAAUCAGCAGAGCAUCGGCAUCUGCAUCAUUGGGGAGUUUUCAGAGCGCCUGCCCAACGACGCCGCCCUGCAGGCGUUGCAGCAGCUGAUGUGGUGCGGCGUGGCGCUGGGCGAGCUGCGGCCCAGCUUCGAGGUGCUGGGCCACCGCCAGGCCAGGAACACCACGUGUCCGGGGGACGCGCUCUACGGCUGGCUGCAGCGGCUCCGCAACUGGACGGCGGACCCGCAGCCCUGCGUCGACGGCGAGUGUCCGGCCGCAGCCAGCCGCGGGUCGGCGUGA